AAUAUAAAUAGGCUACCUUUUAAUAGGCUGAACUAUUGCCAAUGGUGUUAUUUUCGUCUGUCCUAUCACUGGCGGAAAAAAGAAGUCAUCAUACUUUCGACAUCAACCUGUGAGGCGUGUCUCGGUUGGCUACGGGCGGUCACGAGACUGGUAACAUCACGUAGGUGUUAAAACUGGCUAUAUGAAGAAGUCACAGCAGUUAAAACCCCGACAGACAGACAGACAGAGUGAGCCACACCUGCGGACACUAGUUAUUUUCAGCAGUUAUGGCUCCGCAGACGCGAUGGUUUCACCUGUUCCUCCUUUUGUGCUGCGUGUGGAGCUGCCAGUGCCUGACAACGAUAGAGAGCUUUAGCUGGACUGGUACAGAGACAGCUGAAGGGGUGGAGGUCAACUCCCAAGUCGGUCGAGUGCUGAGGAGCCGUCUAACAACCGUCUUCAUCCCAAUCAUCUACAUCAUCGUGUUUGCUGUGGGACUGCCCACCAACGCCAUGGCAAUCUGGGUGUUCCUCUUCAGGACCAAGAAAAGGCAUCCGUCGUCCAUCUACAUGGCCAACCUGGCUCUGGCUGACCUGCUGUUUGUCAUCUGGAUCCCCUUAAAGAUAGCGUACCACUUCAACGGCAACAACUGGAUCUACGGGGAGGGCUUGUGCAAAGUGCUGGUGGGGUUUUUCUACGGCAACAUGUACUGCUCCAUCUUCUUCAUCACCUGUAUAAGUGUUCAGCGUUACUGGGCCGUGGUCCACCCGCUGUCCCUUCAGCAGAAAGACAACCGUGUAGCUGUCGCCGUCUCCGUCACGGUCUGGGUGGUGGUCUGGCUCCUCACCAUCCCGCUCUACCUGUAUGAACAAGAGGUCCGCGUCACAAACCUCCACAUCCUCACCUGCCACGACGUCACCAGGACCAGUCAGAAGGAAAUAGCUGCGGGCUACUUCCUGACAAUGGGAAUUGUGGGAUUUGUUGCGCCCACCGUUGUGUGCAUCAUAUCCUACGUCCUCAUGCUCAAGUCUCUCAGGAACAGCAUGGCUGACCCCGACAUCACCAAGAGGCGACGAAAAGCCGUGGUCCUGAUCAUCACCGUGCUGGUGAUGUUUUUGGUGUGCUUCACCCCCAGUAAUAUCAUGCUGCUGGUGCACUACGUCCUCCUGUUGGUUGGGGCCAACAACAACCUGUACGGAUUUUAUAUCAUCACCCUGUGUUUGGCGAGUCUCAACAGCUGCUUCGACCCCUUUGUUUACUACUUCAUCUCCGAGGACUUCAGGGAUCAUGUGAAGAACACGUUCCUGUGCAGGAGUGAGAGGACAGUGGAGAGGAUGAGGGUCUCCUUCAGCGCUCUCAAGUUCUCCAAGAAGAGCAACACGUAUACGUCUGAUUCAGGGAACACUCGGAGCACUGAGUGCUAGUGCAUCUUUGGUUUUUAGGUUAAUCUUCAUUAAACUCCCCCGUAAAAUAACUUCUUUCGUCUCUGGGAACUUUGGGGAGUCAUCUGUGCUAAAUACCUACGAAAAGCUUUAAGCUGUCUAAGUUACUGCUUUUUUCAAAGACAUUUUUUGUUUGCAUCCUUGAUAAUUCAACUGAUAUUUAAUGCACUUAUUAUUCCGUUCCAUUUGAUUUCAUGCGGAACAUAAAUGAUUGUACUUUGGUCCUGUUUUAAUGUGUCUGAUCUUUUAGUGGAUGCUGUUAUUUUAUUGAGAUGAAUCAUUUUCAGUUUUCUGACGUGCCUGAAGGAUUUCAGACCAAACAUUUAGCAUGUUGAAUGAUGCAUGAUACAAGCUAGAUAAUAUUUAUAUAUCUUGUUCAUUUUUAAAGUAGCCAUUUUUACAAGUUUUAUAACUACAUUACAAGUU